GAUGAUUCGCGCAUAAUUGAAGUCGCGCAUGGCGGCGGUCAGGCCAAGCCAAGCUGAAGCGCUGGUGCGCGUCGCCCCGCCGGCCCGCAGGCUCCCCGCCGACAUCCACAUCCACAUCCACAUCCACUUCACAUAGCAACCGAGUUGCAACCGAGCAACAGUACUUAGAGUGCACCUUCAUACAGGAGACUCACGAACGUAAGAGCAUGGCAGAGCAGGCAGCCACCGCAGCCUCGUCAGUGGACAGUGCAAACGCGUCCAGAGCUGUCAGUGUCGAUACCGCCGACAGCUUGCCCGAGAACAGCAGCAUCAGGAGCGACCGGAAGCCUUGUGCAACCGUCCUUGAUCUUCCGGCCGAUGUCCUCCUCCUCAUCUUCAACGAUGUGUUCAAGGCUGCAGGGCCUCCACGGAGACGGCAAGACGUUGAAAACUCCUACGGCAUCACGCUAGCUCCUUGGUUGUCAUCUGAUGACCCGAAUCCUCAGCACCCAUCUCCGGAAUGUCUCGCCUCCGUCUCACCCGCGUGGCGAGAAGCCAUGUCGAACUCAUCGCACUUCUGGACGCGUUUCGUGAUCUGGGUCGGCAGGGACCCUACUCCGCUCUCCAGGAUACACCAGCACCUUGCGUGGUCCCGAAAUCAUCCCCUCGAGAUAUACAUUGUGCGCCGGUUCGAUCCAUCUAUGGAGGACCCUACGGAGAAGGCCCAGGUGAACGCCGCCAUUGAGGCGCUCCUACCCUCUGUCAAACGGUGGAGGGUCUUAUGCAUGAAGCUCCUGCACUCCAGCUCGCUUCCGCUUCCCCAUAUCGACCUCGUAGGAUGCGCAGAGCAGCUCAAAACACUCAUUCUCGACUUCGUAGUCGAUGACUCGAUCAACAGCACCGAAGGAACGGCACCGCUCACUGGCGAGUUCUACACCCCUGUCAUGGAACAACUUUCCAUUGGUGGAGUCGCCUUCAACAACUCGUACAAGAGAUUUCUCCCUCUGUUCGCGAUGCCACCCAAAAUCAUCAUCCUCAGUAUUACCGACUACGACUCGCGCAACGCAGUCUUUUCGCUCGCCGACCUCCUUACCUGUUUCAGAAGCUGCCCUGAUUUAUCUAGGCUUCAGCUCAACAAUCUACAUCUUGACUGCUCCUAUGGCGGGCCGCCCAUCUAUACGUCUAAGCCGCCAUUUUGGCAGGGCAAUGUCGAUUUCAUCGACAUGGAUGGCGCCGUGAUCGCGGAGUACGGCCGGCUCCUCGGGUACCCCGUCGUCGACUACACAUCGUACACGCGGUGCACAGCCCCCUCGCCCGCAGGCGCAGCGCUCGUGGAGGCUCACCACAUAACGAUGGUGGAGAUUGACACCCCGGCAGCGCUCAUCCACUUUUUUGCGGCGGACCCGCAAGACCUGCACUGCGGCGACGCGUGGUUCACUAAUUGCGACGGCCUCACCGCAGACGUGCUGCGCAAGCUCGCUCAGCCUAUCCCCGCACAAUCCGAGGUGGAGGUGGACGACGACGACUGGCUAUGCCCCAUCCUCCAAGGUCUCACGAUCGAAGGGUGCAAAAACUUCCGCAGCUCGGACCUGCGCGCGAUGCUCGAGGCGCGGCGUGUAUGUCAUGAGGCUACGGGCUUCGCGCUCAAUGGCGACCAGGAGUUCGUGGUGUCGUCGGUGAGCUACUUGGAAGUUCGCGGCUGCUGCGAGCUCGAGCCUGGAGACAAGGAGUGGCUGCAUGCGAAUGUCAGUACUGUCGUCUGGGAUGGAUGGGUUGGAGGAACUGAGCAUAGUCUACAAGUAUUGCCCAUUCAGGCUGGGAGCACAUAGAAUAUAAAUCCACGCGCACAUAUCAAAGGACUUUCAUUCAUAUUCAGGAUACCUUUUCCCGGUCGGUGCUGUUUACCUCGCUUGAAUGAGUUCGACCAGGGUGCUAGCAUUUACUUA